UCUUUCAUCCGCGCUGCACAAGGGGCUUCGCCCUCGAGAUCAGCUAUUCUCGUCCCAAGUUUUCGCUUGGACGAAGGCAAACGGGGUGGAACUUCUUCAUUCGUCGUUUUCACUAGAUUUCUGUCGUUCGCUACAAGUUAGCGCCCGGUGCCGUUGGGUAAUGGCAAGGCCAAGCCACAGCGAGCAUGUCCUGCAGCAACUCAACAACCAAAGAGAGUGGGGCUUCCUCUGUGACUGCUGUAUUUCCAUUGGGGACAUUUACUUUAGGGCCCAUAAAGCUGUGCUGGCAGCCUGCAGCUCAUACUUUAGAAUGAUGUUCAUCCGGGAUCAGCAGGCAACUGCACGAUUCGAUCUGAGCAACAUGCAAAUCAGCGCGGAGUGCUUUGACCUCAUCUUGCAGCUCAUGUACCUCGGCCGCAUCGCUGUGGAUCACUAUGAAUUCGAAGAGCUGAAAUCCUCAAUGGCCUACCUACAAAUGUACUACAUCCCUGACUCGCUUGAGGAUCUCAGAGACAUCCGGACUUCCAAUCUGACGCCCUCGUCAUCUGCGUCCUCCUCUUCUUCAUCCAGCUCCUUGUCUUCCUCCAGUGUAGUUGGUGGCAAGAUGAUGUUUGGUGUUCGUAUGUUUGAGCAGCAAAGGCCCAGCCCUACCGAGAACGAGCACGCACCCAAGGCUUCAACCACGACUGCUCGUCAAAGCAUUAACAUCUCCACUGUCAGGCCUGCUGAAGAUGUGGUCAUACCACACCCUUUGCCACACUCGGAGGCAGUUCUAGACCAACCGUGUGACUUACGGAAGAGGACAUCGGGCCGAAGCUCCGCCAUGAAAGAACGUCCUCGAUUUGGUCGCACUUACACGUGUGAUGAUUGUGGCUUCGUGUUCAGCUGUGAAAAGCUGCUUAUUGAGCACAUCCUUACGUGCACCAAUCGCAAAGCUUUCCAGACAAGUAAAGCCAACAAAGAGCUGCAUAGCGACACUGGCAAAGCGGAGAGCUCGACCUCAGAGGGGACGGAUGAACACAGAUUUUGUAAGGGUGAAGAAGAUUGGCCAGACAAAGACAGUGUGAUCAGGUCUGUUGCCACUGGCAUGGACGGUGAAACAGACUUUUCCAGGAAAAUAACCAUUAAAGUGGAACGGGAUUAUGAUUCUGAGACAGAUUUAGAAAGUGUUAAUCUGGUGAAGGUAGAAACCCAUAAUGUUGGAAGCAGCAAAGGUCGCAGGCCGUACAAAGAUGCUGUAGACCACAUGAAACUCGACAGCGAGGAGGAGGCCGGAAUAUCUGCAAUUGAUGGCGUCGCCAGCGCUUCGGAGGGUCAAAGUAAAGUUUUAGACACGGAUGUGCACACGAUCAAAGAAGAAAAGCAAGAUGGAGCGUGCAUUCCGUGCGAAUUGUGUGGAGCCUUGCUGACCGAGGAGGAUCAGUCUGCCCAUUACAUCUCCAGCCACAUGGGACAUAUCUGCGCUUGUGGAAGGUGUGGCCAAGUGCUCAUCAAAGGCAGACAGCUCCAGGAACACGCCGAACGUUGUGGCGAGCCCCAAGGUCCCGAGAUUGACUCCCCAGGUGAGGAUUCACCUCUGCUUGAAGAUGGGGAAGCUAUGGAAGAGGGCUUGCUGGAAGGAUCCGACCUGGGCUUUCGCUGUCCUCUCUGCGGCUUGAUAUUUGAAAGCGAAAGUCUCGCGGUGGAGCACACAUUGGCUUGUCCUGAACAGGAAACGUUUCGUCCUGUCCUACUGGAAGACGUCGGCGAGCCAGACCAUCGGCGCAAGCAUUUCUGCGCCAUCUGUGGCAAAGGCUUUUAUCAGAGGUGUCACCUACGGGAGCACUACACCGUUCACACCAAGGAGAAGCAGUUCACGUGUCAAACCUGCGGCAAACAGUUCCUGCGUGAGCGACAGCUUCGGCUGCACACUGACAUGCACAAGGGAAUGGCGCGGUAUGUCUGCCCCGUGUGCGACCAGGGCACCUUCCUUAAACACGAUCACGUGCGACACAUGAUCUCCCACCUGUCGGCCGGAGAGACUAUCUGCCAGGUGUGUUUUAAAAUUUUCCCCAGCGGUGAGCACCUGGAGAAGCACAUGGAUGUGCAUCUGUACAUCUGCGGCGUGUGCGGGGAGAAAUUCCGCCUCCGCAAAGACAUGCGGAGCCACUACAACUCCAAGCACAACAAGAGACAAUGAGACGCCGAGUCGAGUCUUCGAUAUAAGCCAUACUGUAAAUGUGAGGAGAAAUCUAUGCACUUAGACACCAAUUUCUAUCUUUCGAUCUGCACUUUCUGUGUGUAUGCAAAUUCAGAAUACGUUGCUCCAUGUUUGUGGUUGGAUUUAGUGCCUCAAGCUUUUGCUUUUCGGUUUCAUACGGGGUCUAUUACAUAGCAAUAGUUAUUCAGAUACCCAGGUGGACUAAAUUACACUAUCAGUGAUGUUUUGCUUGAAAAAUACCAAUCAAUUUUUGUUCAUUUAGCUAUAAUGAUGGUGCACAUUGAAAGUUUAGUCUAAAGAUUUCAUCUUAGUACAUGAGACGAAUAUUUUUUAGUUUUAUUAGUGGUGCUCUUAUUUUUAGUGAACACAGAGAUGUGUCUGCUUUUGUUCUGCUUUAUAUGAUGUUUUAUUAACUAAGUUCGGGAGAAGUAGUGGCAGAUAAUUAACUUGGCUGGUCGGCUGUCAGCAAUCACAGCAAUCGACCUAUCAGUUCAAGAGAGAGAGAGUCUCUACAAAAUAGUCAAGACAUCUUACCUUCACUCCCUCUUCAGUCUCAAGCGUCCCGCCACCACCCCGGCUCCUCACCUGGAGCCCCUUGUCACCAGCAGGACACAAAAAGGGGUGGGGGGAGUGUUCCGGGUACAGGCUAUUGCCGGGUUCGGCAAUACGCAUACUCUCAAACCUACUCUAUUAUCUGCACAGGCGAACUCGUGAAUAAGCCAUUAUUUCAAGUCGCUCUGGUAUCAUUUAUUAAAUGGACAUAAUUCUCAAUGCUCAAUUGCGCACAGAGAUAAAGGAGAAUAGAUCAGAAAGUAUGCUGGCACUAUUCUCCCCCGCACCAGAACACUAAAAAUACUGUAUUAGAUAUAAAAGCAGAGAAAAACACUCCUAUGGAUUCCUUUCAGCUAGCUGUAUGUGCUUACCUGGAAUCUAUGCAGCCUGUUGUAAAUUUCUCCUCAAUUUAGUGUGCAUUGGAAAAGAGUAAAGAGAGUCACACAGUAAAGUACAUUUCUUGUGUAUAGCUACUUCAUUUACCCAAAGAUAUUCAUCUACAAUUUAUCAAAGCAAAUUUCUGAAAUGUCUCUGUUUGCGUUAUCUGUUUUAAUACAAUUGUGUGUUAUUCAAAACUUAUUUUUUGCCGACACUGUUUUAUUCAGAGCUAUAUCAGAGCUAAUCAAGCUAUAUCAAAAUGCUUUUGGUUGAAGGUCCAUUCAAGUCUUAACAUUUCAAUUAUCUUGUCACACCUUGUCCAAUUUUUGUGGCAAAGUCUUAAUAUAAAAUCAGAGUUUGUGGAAAAGCCGUAUAAUGCUUGCACAAGGGUAUAAAGUUAAUUUUUACAUUAUUGUAUUAAUACACUUAAACAAUCAUUAUUUGUCUAAAAAGCCCCAUCAAAUGGCUAUGAUAGAAGUAUAACCUAGUUACAGACUGUGGUUGCUUCACUCUUACGUUUGAAGUCAUCCCAUCCAGGUGAACUGAUUUUUCAGGCUUAACAGUUAAGGUUUGGAUUGUGUGAAAGUGUAUUGAGAUAUAAAGGUUAGCGUGGAGUUUACAUGCAUUCCAUAUUGAUAAUUAUAUUGUGAAGUUUAAAUUAAGGACCAAAGCAACCAUGAGAAAUUUCAUUUUACAUACUUAACAGCUCAGAUGUUUGCACUGGGCGUUCAGCAGUGUAUUUGUUGUGUUUUAUUUUCAUAUCAUUGAAAAUAUAUUUGAGUGGUAGAAAUAAUGAAAGGAACAUAUGCAAAUAUUGUUUUAUCUUUUGUUUCAUGAGCUUAUUUUGAAAAAAUAUUCAGUGUUUCAUAUGUUCUUGGCUUUAAAAACUAAAAUAAAGUUUAAAAAUGA